CAUACUCGAUACUCCCACUUUGAACUUUCCACUCCAUCAAAAAAAUAUUGGGACCCAUUUCAAUGCUCUCUCAUUGUUGACUUGCAUUCUUUCUUCUCACUCAUUUUUUCUCUCCCCAAAUCAAAUGACUCACUCAACGACGUCGUUUUUGCCAUCCAUGGCAGUUUUUCCGGCGACACCUAUGUUUUCUACUCGCCGCUUCACAUUUCGUCGGCGCUUUUUCUCCGCUUCUUUCAGGAAUACAUAUUGCACCCAGGACUUUUGGUUGGAAGGUUCAUCUUUGUUGUCAAAUAACAAUAUACAUUAUAGAAGGAAGUUGUUGACCUAUGCCAUGAGGAAAGAUACGGAGAAAUUACUUCCUUGUUCAGAUUUGACAAAUGAGGGGAAAGGUACAUGUUCAAGGCCGGAACUCAAACAUAGUCUGAAGGGUCACCUAGCUACCAUAAUUCACUCCUUAUCAAUAUCAUCCUUUAUCUUGCUUAGAUGGAGUCCUUUGAAUAUGGGAAGCAUAUUACUGAAAAUGAUCAACUGUCUGCAUGCCUUUUCAAUGCAAGCUUUUGGGUCCAGAAAACUGCUGUUUGCUUCCUUGUCUAGUUCAGUGAACAAGCCUACGCCUCUUAACUUGGAUGUAUCUCUACCUUCUAUCGGAGAUCUCCAAUGGAGUCUUGCACGAAUGAUGUAUCUAUUCAACAUGCAAGUAGAAAGAAAUGUUGCUACGUUCUUAUUGGUACUUCUUGUGGCAUGCUUCUCUUUCGUUGUCAUUGGUGGAUUCCUCUUCUUUAGGUUCAGGAAUAAUUCACAAUCUCUGGAGGAUUGCUUCUGGGAGGCCUGGGCUUGUCUUUGUUCUUCAUCAACCCAUUUAAGACUGAGAACACGUUUUGAGCGAGUGGUUGGGUUUAUGCUUGCUAUCUGGGGCAUAUUAUUCUACUCUCGUCUAUUGAGCACAAUGACAGAGCAGUUCAGAAAUAAUAUGCAAAGGCUCAGGGAGGGUGCCCAAAUGCAAGUUUUGGAGACUGAUCAUAUAAUCAUUUGUGGAGUGAAUAGUCAUCUGAACUUCAUUCUCAAGCAGAUAAAUAAGUAUCACGAGUUUUCCAUCCGUUUAGGCACUGCACACGAUAGGAGGCAGAGAAUCCUUCUCCUUUCUGACCUUCCGAGGAAGCAAAUGGAAAGGAUUGCUGAAAAUAUUGCUAAAGAUCUUAACCAUAUCGAUGUUCUUACAAAAAGCUGCAGUCUCAGCUCGACGAAAUCUUUUGAAAGAGCUGCUGCAAACAAGGCUCGUGCUGUAAUUAUAUUACCAACAAAAGGAGAUAGGUAUGAAGUUGAUACAGAUGCGUUUUUAUCGGUACUGGCAUUACAACCGCUUGCUGAAAUGGCUUCUGUACCUACUGUCGUUGAGGUUUCAAAUUCCAGUACUUGCGAGUUGCUCAAGUCAAUAUCAGGCCUCAAAGUCGAACCAGUAGAAAAUGUUUCUUCCAAAUUGUUUGUUCAGUGCUCUCGACAAAAGGGCCUCUUCAAGAUCUAUCGGCACUUGCUCAAUUACAGAAAAAAUGUGUUUAAUCUCUGUGAUUUCCCUGACCUAGCUGGAAUGAAGUACAGGCAACUGAGACGUGGUCUACAAGAGGUGGUUGUUUGUGGUCUUCACCGAAGUGGAAGAGUAAUCUUCCAUCCAAAUGAUGAAGAGGUGUUGAAAGAAACUGACAAAGUUUUAUUCAUUGCUCCUCUCUAUGGAAGAAUGAAACCACAAGUUUCCUACUCAAUUGUUGGAGAUGUAAAUAAGGAGAUCCACAACUUAAAAGACUUGGGAAAUAAAGGUGACUCUGACAAAUAUAUGGCAGCAAUAGAGAAAUUGCGGCGUGAAAAUACUCAAAAACGUCGUUCAAAACGCCGAUUUACGGCAUCAGACUGGACUCUAGGGCCAAAAGAAAGCAUACUUUUGCUAGGUUGGAGCCCAAAUGUAGCGGAGGUGAUUAAAGAAUAUGACUGUUAUCUUGGACCUGGAAGCUCAUUGGAAAUAUUAGCUGAUGUUCCUCUAGAGGAGAGGAAUAGCACUCUUGUUGGUAUAAAGAAACUUGAACACAUACAAGUUUCCCACAUGGUAGGAAACCCAAUGGAUUAUGAUACGUUAAAGGAGGCAAUAAUGAGAAGCCAAUCGUCUAUGAAACAGGAUGAAGAGAUCCCAUUCUCAGUUGUUGUAAUCUCAGAUAGACAGAUAGUACUUGGAGAUCCAUCCAGGGCAGACAAGCACUCUGUAUUUUCUCUUCUGUUGGCUGAGAAUAUAUGCAAUAAACUCGGACUAAAGGUGCAAAAUCUUGUUGCGGAGAUCUUUGACUCAAAACUUGGCAAACAAGUAACAAAAAUAAAGCCAUCACUGACUUAUAUUGCUGCAGAAGAAUUGAUGAGUCUUGUUACUGCUAAUGUUGCAGGGAAUAGUGAACUGAAUGGAGUAUGGAAAGACAUUUUCGAUGCUGAGGGCGACGAAAUAUAUGUUAAGGAUAUUUCCUUGUACAUGAAGGAGGGGGAAACCCCAUCAUUUAAUGAGCUGUCUGAAAGAGCAUGUUUGAGGCGAGAAGCGGCCAUCGGUUAUGUGAAAAACAACAAAAAGGUUAUAAAUCCAAUCCCCAAAUCCGAACCUCUGAACCUUGAUAUGACUGACUCACUAAUUGUGAUAUCCGAGGUUGAAGGAGAGCAACCUGUUAUUGUCCAGUAAAGUUGUACCUCCCUUAUUUUUUUUGUCUAUUGGUCCAUUCUUCUCUUUUAUUGUUGUGUACAGCCACGGCCCACGAGCAUCGGUUCUAGGUGCUAAUAUCUGCGCGAUCAUGUUUAAGUGCAGUUUUUUUUGUAGUUAGUUUAAUGUUCACCUUGUAGAGUCAUAAAUCUGAAGCUCAAAUUUGGCACCACACCACUCUGGGUUUCAAUAAAAGCCAGUUCUUAGAACAUGUCAUUGGCUUCAAAUAUUGCGAAUAAGAGCUGUUUUCACUGUUAUAUGAUGAAACAUUAGUUUCAAUAUCUCAUCAGAAUUGGACUAUGUGGUUGAAGCCAAAUUUUUUAGAUUUAAUUAUGUUGACAAAGUUCCAGUUCUUUAA